CGCGAAGGAAAAUAAAUUUGUUAUACCAUGAACUGUACGUUAUACACCUAUUCCAUCUAUCCGAACAGCUGCAUUUUAAUUUUGCGUUUUUUAAAUAUUGAGUGUUACAGCAAAUAUAAGGGGGUAAUUUAUUGCGUUUUCAGCAGUCUCAUUACAGCGAGAGAUGACGUAGGAGUGGCGUAACCUUUCCGUCGGGAAAAUGGCAGAAAGACAGUUCAGCGGUGUUGUUAUACGUUGGCUAACUGAAAAGUACGACUGGUCUAAUAUUUAAAUUUAAAAUAAGGAUGAACUGGUUCACUGUUCACAUCAUAGGUUUUCUGCGUGCCAGACGAAGCUGGAGUUAAGUGAAGGAGUAGUAGCCGACAGCAUCACACAAGACUUUCUGAUCGAGGACAUCUCUAAGCUGCUGUCAGCCAUCUUCAAAGAUGUCCGACUAUCUGGCAAGAGAAUUCAGGGCCCAGUUGGCUGCAACCAUGGACUCGGUCCUGAGGAGGGCCAUGCUUGAAAUAAUGAAGAUCUUUGAGAAGAGCCUACAUGACCAUCAAAGGGAGUUGGUGCAAAAGGGAGAAGAGAUUGCUCAACUUAAAAUAAUGUUACAGGGAACAGAGAUCACACUAAGAGAGCGCGAGUGGGGACAUGAGAGAGGAGCUGAGGUGAAUAAAACUCAGAUGAAUGAAUUGCAAAGAGAGCCUAAAGAUGUUGUGAACGUCUCUGGACCAACUGCUGAUGUACCUGAGAUUGUUUUUGAAGUACCUGAUGAAUGGUGUGCUCCACUGGGCAGCAAGACUGUUACCAAACAAGACAACAGCUCGUGUCCCAGUGUAAGACUGCGCCAGCUGUACAUUCCUCUGUGUCACAUUCCAGUCAUCAAGCAGGAGAUGGAGAACCAUGACAUUGAGUCCCACCAGCAAAAGAAAGAUAGCAGGAGAUCAAGGAGAGGUUCCUCAUUAAAGGAAAGACACAAACAAACUCAAGGCAGAAGUACACCAAAGCAUGAGCAAGCAACUCGACGUCCACCAGUAAGGAACAACAUGAAAAUAUUGCUCCAAAACACAAAACAAGAUUGUAGCAACCAAAUGGGCAGACUAACGGGUCUUAGAAGAGGAAGGAGAAAUUCACCAGAAAAAGAGCACGAAAAUACACCAAAGAGUAAAAGAGAGGAAGGGAAAAUCACAACAGCUGAAUCCAAGUCCAAAGAACAGGAGAUGGCGGAAAGUGAUGACAGAAAAAAAUACUUAUGCAAGUUUUGUAAGAAGGAAUUUGAUACACUGUUCGGCCGAAGUGUGCAUGUGCGAUCACACAAGAGGUGCCAAGGGUGCAAAAGAGAGUUCCCUUUUCCAAGUGUUCUUAAGUGCCAUAAAACAUAUUGUCCAAAACUCAAGAAAUUGUUGGGAAAAAAAGCACAGUCCACUGAUUCCUCAAAAGCUCAGUCCUUUGAUAAUGAAAAAGCAGCUGCACUUAGAAAAAAACAGAUGACCCUUAACACAGAAAGCACACCUUCUAGUAAUUGCUGUGAAUCAUCUAUCCAGAAAAAGGGAUCCACCAAAAAACACACCUGCUUACAGUGCAACAAGACAUUUCAUUCAUGUCGCAGGAUGAAAGAGCACAUGCGUGUUCAUACGGGUGAAAAGCCAUUUCCGUGCAGCUUGUGCCCAAAGAAAUUUCAUGUUAACCGGUCACUCAAACUGCACGUAACGAGAAUGCACAAAGACCAGGUGGAGUCCAGUGAGGCAAAUGGAGGCCUUUCAUGGACUGUGCCUUUAGAGGUGAAUGAAGACACUCAAGAGGAUGUGAUUUCUCCUAGCAAAAACACAAUCCAAGAAGGCAAUCCAGGGAGACAGCGUGUCCCAAGAUGGCAAACAAUGGGCACACAGUGUGCUAAUGGUUUCACCUGCUUAUUGUGUCAGAAGCACAUGAGAAACAAAUACCUGCUGAUUGAACAUUUUCGCAUCCACACGGGGGAGAAGCCCCUCAAAUGUGACCGUUGUCCUGCAAAGUUUCGUUUUGGUGGACAGCUUAGCUUGCAUAAAAAAAAAUGCGGCAAUCCUGCUAUCCAGUGUGAAAAGUGUGAGAGGAAAUUCCCCUCACAAAUGAGGUAUGAUAGUCAUGUGUUUAAAUAUCACAGGGACUGCCCUCAUUUCUGCAAGGUUUGUGGGAAAGGCUUCGUCACUGAAGGACGCCUUAGGAACCAUAUGGGCCGCCAUUUAUAAGCCAGUAUACAGUUAGCGUCACCUGUUUGUGGACACCGAAAUGCUGGAUGUUGGCAUUUAUGCACUUACUGAUUGAUAUCGGGGUUUUAAAGUUAUAAAACAGAGUGCCUGUCUGUGUACGAAGGGGUCCUGUCCACCACCAAGUUCGAUUGUUCUUCCAAGGUUGUAAAGGGAUGAGCAGUAGAUUACUUGUUGUGAUACCAACACAAGUUGUGAUAUAUUUAAUUCUAUGAGGAAAUCCAAAGCAAGAAACAAAGUGGAAAAAAAUUGAAAAAUGUGUUUUUGUUUUUUCAUUGAAGUACUUGUUUAAUCCAACGUUGCUUUAAAGCAGACCUGCUCUUGUACUGUACUGUAAUAAAAAAAUGACUGCAAGGGUCUAAUACUUACUGAGAAAGUAGCUGUGUAAGAAGAUCUUUAUUUGUUAAAAAUCUUGCAGCAUACAAUAUCUCAUCAAAACCUCGUUGUGUCUAAUGAAACUAAAUGUAUACAUCUUUGUCUAUGUUUGCUCUUAUGACAGCUCACACAUUGUGUUAUGAAGUCCAAAAGUUUUAGCAGGAUUUGAGAAACUGCAUCACUCUGUCUUUCAGAGCAUCUGGGGGUCUCUGCUGGUGUGCUUGGUUAUUGAGUCAGACUUUUGGACAGGGCUUUAUGAUUGCUGAAUGUUUUUUGCUGGGCAAAAUGUUUUGGUUAUCCUGUAAAAUAACUUCAUAUGAUGUUUGAGUUCUGAAACAAGUCAGAAAAUCAUUUUAUUGAAUUUAAUUUCUAUAAAAGUGUUACGGUAGUGGUGCUAGUCCAUUUAUAUGUAUUGUAUACACUGAUCAGCCGCAACAUUAUAACCACUUGUUUAAUAUAAUGUAGGUCCCCCUUGUUCCAAAACAGCUCUGACCUGUCAGGGGGAAGUGACACAGGACCUCUGGGGGUAUUUUGUGUUCAAAAUGUUGGACCCGUGCGUUCAGGGUGGGGCCUCCGGGUACAUCCCACAAAUUCUCAUUCAGGUUGGGACCUGGGGAGUCUGCAGGCUGGUCCUAAAUACUGAUCUGCAAUGUUAGAUGGAUGGUGUGUGUCAGAGAACAUCCACGUGAUUGCCAGAGCUCGAGAUUUCCCGGCAGAACAUUGCAUUGUAAACUGAUGACAUGCUUUUCUUGACCUGUAAGUGGUUUUAAUGUGGUGGUUGAUCGGCGCGUAUAUGUAUAUACAUAUAUAUAUCCAACCGGGAGCGCUCACUUUUCUUAUCGCGAGACUUGCAAUAAUUAUCACAUCAUAGCUGCUAGCUGGAGAACGAGUCGCCGCAUCUUUGAAUGUGACUCAAACGGUUUCAUGGAUUUCAUGUCAGCCAGUGAAUAUAUCUGGCCAACGGCGGUCCAAAGGCAUUAUCGACCUGUAUCUUUGUCUAUUUAAAUUGCCUCUUUAUAUGUAGCUUGAGUGCUAGCUAUGACAGGCUAGCCUAGGACUGGCUGCGCUUCGUUUGUCCCCCUGUUUAUACGUUAGCUGUCGGUAAUGUUAACUAACAUAUCGUUACACUAGCGAAUACCGACAGCAUCGACUUUUCUCAAAUCUGUUUUGAAGAGCCAGUCAUAUAGCUAUAGGCUGGCUGUGUUUAUGUACUAUGCCACCUGGCUCUCCCCAUUUCACCGGAUUGCUUGUCAUCGCUGAAUAACUUAAAACGGUAGCGUUAGCAUGCAGGGUAAAACAGACUGUCUGGACACCAUAGCUUCUAUUGAGCUUGAUUGAAGCGUCGCACGGGUUGUCUGUCCUGAGAUAUUCAACCACAAAGAGACGGGGUUUUAAAAGCAAAUCGCUGCGGCAGGCGCUGUUGGAAACUGCGUAGCUACUUAGCAUGGCAACAUCUCAUGGCAGUUCAUAGAUGCCAGGGCAGAGGAGUGUAUAGUGGUAGCCGCAUCGUUCCUCAACUGCCUCUGGACGCCAGCCAUAGAGGAAAACGGCGGUGUCAAGCAGUUGUUCACAAUAAGACAACAUCACUGAAUCAAAGAACAAUGGAGUCUGUGAGGAGUGCUUUCCACGCUCAACUGGCCACCGUCAUGGACUCGCUACUGGCAGCCGCAGUGUGCGAGAUCGCCAAGAUCUUUGAGAGCAGCCUGUGUGAACAACAAGCGGAGCUAGCGCAUAAAGCAGAGGAGAUCUCCAUCCUCCGUGGCAAGCUGGAGAAGGUCGAGAGGAGGCAGAAGGCGAAGGGUGGACUUAGCGAGGAAGCAGAGAUGUCAUCAGGAGACAGAGAGGGCAGCUUGAGACAGCAGAGCCUGACUGGAUCAGCACCAGAGGUUUUAUCACACUCCUCUUGCACAGGACUGAGUGUGGAAAAGGAUGUGUCCUCUCAUUCAGACCCAGUGGAAGGACUCAGUCAGAGCCUCAGCGGGCUGAAACAGGAGGUCACGGGCCAGGAUGGAACUUCAGUAAAGCAUGAGCGUUCUGGAUCUCGGCUUUCCCUGGGGUCUGUUGAAGUCCAAGCCACAGAGGGAUGCCUUGCUACUGUGGUCCAGAGGCAGAUGGAUACCCUGUCUGCUACUCAAGCCAAGGCCAAAUUGUCCCAUUGGGACCCGGGUAGCCGCGGUACAGACCACAGACUCCUCCAGGAUCAAGCCUCCACCCCUUUUCUGUCCAUCUCCCAGAGUGGGCGUUGCUCUCCCAGGCCUGAUCCAAGUCUAGCUCAACCAGGAGAGUGGUUACCAGGGUUGGACACCACACGAGGUGGGGUGCCCCGCCUGGAGAACUCUCAGGCAGAUGGCACCAGCUGCUCUGGUCAAGCUACCAGCAGCACUUGCACAGACGCAUCGUGCUUCCGACCUGGUUUUGGCUCUGACGAGACCAGUAACGAAGAUGACGAUGGCUCUUUCCCUUUCCUGGACCAGGAGCCCGAGAACCAGAGCUCCAAUCAGAACUCCGUGCAGGGCCAGGGCGAGGGCCAGAGGGGGGCUCGGCAAGUUCCACCCCAAGCCCCCACAGGUCAAUCAUCGUGGAGACCCAGAGACGAUAGGGGUGGGAGAGGCCCCAACAAUCACACACGGCGGGUCACAUCUUUUGGCAACAGAGACCCUCUCCGACCACAGCCUAAUUCACAGUCACUCACGCUGCGACAUACAAACAAUCUCAGCCACCCUGCAGCUCCUGGUGGAGGGAGUGGACGACCUUACACCUGUCCAUACUGUACCAAGUGUUUUACCUACCCCUCCCACCAGCGCAGACACCUUUUACGCCACACUGGAGUCAGACUGCAUCCUUGUCAGUUUUGCGACAAGAGCUUCCUCACUCCCUCUGAGCUUACUGUGCACACUCGCACACACACAGGGGAGCGGCCUUUUGGCUGCGCGCAGUGUGGUAAACGAUUUGCCCGCAGCGGGAACUUGAGAGCCCACCAACGGGACGUUCACAUGGGGAAGAGGCCCUUUGCUUGCACAGAGUGUGGGAAGAGAUUUGCCCACAGGGGGAACCUGAGGGUGCACAAUCACAGAGUCCAUCAAGGAGAUCCCUACUAUAUGGAUGAUCAGCAGGAGGCCGACAUUGUCCCCAAUCCCAUUUGAAAACGUUAAAAAAAAAAAUUAUGGUUCUGCACUUUAGUGUUGUUUGCAACAUAGGAAACUUGAAGUAGGAACUUGUUUCAGGACUGCCUGUUUUGACUCUCAUAAACGUAUUACUGAACAGUAAGUAUUUAGGGAUUUUGUUUUAAUUGUUUUGAUGUUGUACAUGGUCAAAGUAUACUUUAUUUGAGUGCCAAUUUUAUUUUCAAAUUAUUAAAUAUUGGAAUUAUGGGUCACACUUUAAAGGGAGAGAUUUGAGUUUAUCUGUACUGUGAAUGGGACAUAAUCACCAUUUAAUAAGAAAUAUUGGCUAUUGUCGUAAAGACAAGAAUUUUUCUUCAGGGUGACCCAAUCUUCCAGUGAUGUUCUUCCCUAUCAGUGAAAAGUUAUUGAAUGUCUGAAUGCAUUUUUAUUACUCGAAUUGAAAGAAUUGCAAAAUAAUAUUUUUCAUAAAGUGAAGAAUGUCUAGUUGGUAUUAGAUUUAGACAUGUGGCAUGCAGUCGUAGGAUAGCAUGUCUCUUCCUUCACUUUACUAUCUCCUCAAACUUUGAUUUUGAUCGUGUGUAAAAUGGAAAUGUGUUAAUGGAGCAAGUACCCAAUUGUGUUAUUAAAGAAGAUCUGUGCUUUUCCA